UCGUCAUCCAUCAUCCACAGCUCGCUCGGGCCUUUGUGCGUCUAUAAGUGAGCAGACGAAGGCCUGCCUUCGGCCACAUAAUACAGCGCCGGAAGGUGGCGUGGCGGAGAUGGGGAGCUGGCGGGCUCUGUUGCAGCGGCGGCUGCUGUUGCUCUCUGCUUUGGCGGUGGCUGUUCGUGUGAAGGCACUCAGCAGAGACGAUUUCCCCGCCGGCUUCAUUUUUGGCGCAGGCACCUCCGCUUAUCAGGUAGAAGGUGCAGCUGCAGAGGGGGGAAGAACACCCAGCAUUUGGGACACGUUUACGCAUGCAGGGAGAACUUUCGACCAGAGCACCGGAGACGUAGCGGCUGAUCAGUAUCACAAGUACAAGGAAGAUGUGAAGCUGAUGCAUGAGAUGGGCUUCGAUGCUUACAGAUUCUCCAUCUCCUGGUCCAGAGUUAUCCCCAAUGGUCGAGGGCCUGUGAAUCCACAAGGCUUGCGGUACUACAACAACCUGAUCGAUGAGCUCAAAAGAUAUGGAAUCGAGCCUCAUGUCACUCUUUACCACUUCGACCUUCCGCAAGCACUGGAAGACGAGUACGCCGGGCAGCUGAGCCCAAAGAUCGUAGAGGACUUCACCGCUUACGCCAACGUGUGCUUCAGCGAGUUUGGGGAUCGAGUCAAGCACUGGAUCACCGUCAAUGAACCCAACAUAGAUCCCGUCCUCGGCCACGAUUUCGGCAUCUUCGCGCCUGGCCGCUGCUCUUAUCCCUUCGGCCUCAACUGCACCAAGGGCAACUCCUCCAGUGAGCCAUACAUCGCCGCACAUAACCUUCUGCUCUCGCAUGCAUCAGCAGCCGCUCUGUACAAAGAGAAGUACCAGGUGAAACAAGGAGGUUACAUCGGGAUCACACUGCUUGCCCUCUGGUACGAGCCCUUCACGGACUUGGCAGAGGACAUAGCAGCCGCGAAGAGAGCCCUGGAUUUCCAAAUCGGCUGGUUCGUGGAUCCUCUUGUGUACGGAACCUACCCUUCUGUCAUGAGAGAGUUCGUCGGAUCUCGUCUACCGUCCUUCGAACCAGAAGAAUCAAAGAUGCUGAGAGGAUCGUUCGACUUCAUCGGACUGAAUCACUAUACUGCAGUCUUUCUGGAAGCAGCUACCUAUGAUCCCGACGAGAGCGGCAGAGAAUACUACACCGACAUGUCGGUGAAAUUUGCAACUACCGAUGCAGUGCCAAACAUCAUACUCACGAAGGUGCCCCCCCAAACUCUGCCGAUUCUUAAGCAAACGGUAAGAACUUCUUCCGACGGGAACCAAAACUCGCGUCAGGAUUUUGUGUCGGACGACGCACCUACGUUCCCUGCAACUCCAUGGGCUCUGCAAAAGCUACUCGAGUACAUGAAAGUAACAUACGGAAAUCCACCGGUCCUGAUCCACGAGAAUGGGUAUCCGGAGUUCAACGUCGACCCUGCAAACGGACAACAUGAACAGGACGACGACCGUAGAACAAACUUCAUUCAACAGUACAUAGAAAGCUUGCUUCCGUCCAUAAGGAAUGGAUCGAACGUAAAAGGAUACUUUGCGUGGUCGUUCAUCGAUUGCUAUGAGCUAACAAUGGGUUAUACAUCUCGUUAUGGACUAGUUGGAGUCGAUUUUACGACGAAAAACAGGACGAGAUAUUAUAGGAGUUCGGGCGAGUGGUAUUCCCAAUUUCUUCAGCAUAAUGGAGAGGGGAGAAAUGUGGCGAUCGAAUAAACAUUUUUGUUCUAGAGUUUAUGAGUCCUUGAAUAAAAGAUUUGCUUUGUAAGGGACGAGGAUAUUAUAGUCCUUGAAAAAUGCUUAUGUUAUUCCAUUGGUUCUACUGUUGUUUUU